AUGUUUGGUGAAGCUCCGUUCUGGAAGAUAAAGUCUGUCAUAAUUGGUUCAUCUAAUGGUUUGAUCUGUUUAUCUAUACCUUUAGAUGGUUAUUAUGGGGAUUUUAAUGAUCCACUCUAUAUCUGUAAUCCUGUUACUAGAGAAUAUGUAUUUUUACCAAUCUGUAGUGAUGAAAAUUGUUUGAAAGGUAGAAAUGUGUUUGGAUUUGGUUACAACGACAAGACGAACGAGUAUAAGGUUGUUCGAAUCUAUUAUGAAUCAGAAGAACAUACAGAAUCAGGAAAAGUUCAGGUGUGCACUCUUGGGGCCUGUACUGGGUGGCGAAACAAAGGGGAGAUUGCUUAUUCUUUGCAAACAAAUAAUUCUUAUUCGCCGGGGAUGAAUGCAGAUGGAGAGGUUUAUUGGUUGCACCAAGAGAUAUCGGAGGAACAUUGUCCCCCUGGUAUAAUGAUGGAAUCAAACGAAGGUAGAAUUGUGGCCUUCAAUUUGGCAGAUGAGGUAUUUCGGUUGCUUCCUACUCCGCCUUAUUACAUUACCCUGGAUAAUGGCCAGCAAUUUGUGGCUUUUCUUUAUCAUCAAAUCCAGGUUUUAGGAGGCUGCUUGUGUUAUGUUCAUAAAGAAAGUCAUGACACUAUUAAUAUAUGGUCAUUCAAGAAGAAUGACGAUACUAGUAGUUGUGGUUUAAAUGACAAGGAAGAGGACUCGUCCAAUUGGAGAUUGGCACGCACUGUGCAUUUGCAACGUGACCAUCUUGCACAAUUCUUUGACCUCACAGAGAGCGGAGAGAUUUUAUAUUGGGAUGAUAAGAAAACUGCUUUGAGUUAUGACCCCAGAACCGCAAGUAUAAAAGAGCUUCUAAAUGACGGUGGUCCAUUAUUGAGUUAUUCUCAUAUGAGCUUAGAUUUGAUUAACUAUGCAUGGCUAAGUGCAAUCAUCUUGAAACUCACACGUAAGGCAGUUCCAGAUGUAUCAAGUUGCUCAUUGCAAAAAGUAGAAAUAUGCAGCCAGCAUUGCCUUUCCAAGAGGUUACUCUGCCCAAACCUUGUCGAAGAAGGCGCAAAAAGAGUCGAUUGCUACCCUAAGUUUUAA